AUGUCUCCUUCUCCUACACGACAAAGGUCAUCUGUUAUUUCACGAAAGAGAUCUCCAGCUCCUUCUCUUCGUCGGUCUCCUUCACCUUACGGAUCAAGCUCUCAAUCUCCUGACCAGUAUAGGUCCCUCUCUCCAGUGAGAUCUCCGAAGGUACAAAGGAGAUCACCCAUUCAGGCUCCUGGAGAAAGAGUUAGAUCACAACCAAAAUUGUCUCCUGUUCUGUGUCGGUCCUCCAGUUCAUUAAGGUCACCACAAAGAGAUCAAAAGGAUCGGAAAGAUUUACGCAAUAGAUUGCCAGCUUUAUCUCCACCAGAUGGGUCUCCACUCCGGUCAGAAUCUCCACCAGUUGCAAGAAAGAUUAGUGCCAGCAAAGAUGGAAGGUCGCCUAGUCCAUAUGAGAGUCCUGUCAGGCAGAGAAAAGAGCGAAUUACACGUGAUGGUAGCUUAAGUCCUCAGAAACAAAGAGGGAGGAAACCUCUUAAGGAUAGUCCGGCAACUAGCAAUGAUCAUGAAGAAACCGGCCAUACUCGGGAGGGUGGGGACUAUAAUUCUAGAUCAUCACGGAAGCCACCUAUGCAUCCAUCGAACAUUGAUAAGCAGAAAGGUUCUCCUCUGAAGGUUCCCUACAAGGAUGACCAAUCUCCUGAAAGAUUAGCAAGUCGUCGGACCAGUGGUCCCCGAAACUAUCCAGAUAACAUGGAUUCGAGGAAGAAAGAACAGGAUAUAAAGAUUGGGAAGUCUUCUGGGAGAGGCAUCAAUCAUGAAACUAUUGAUGCACAAAAGUCUCCGACUUUGUACAAGGAUGAGAAAGACCGUUCACGCUUAAACAAUGUUAGGGAUAGUGAUAAACACCACAAAUUAGAAACUGCGCCAGUUACAGCUGAAAAGGUCCAUCGUAAUGGCAGUGGUGCAUUGGAUUUUGGUUCUGAGGAAAGUGAGAAGCACAGAGCAGAAAAGAGGGAAAAGUCAAAGCAUAAAAGGUCGCAUCGGCAUGAAGUGGCUUCGGAUGACGAUGGCAGCUAUGGCUCUGAAAUUGAAGAGAGGAAAGAGGCUAAAAGGAGGAGGAAGGAAGAAAAGAAAUUGCGAAAGGAGGAGAAGCGUCGACGACGUGAGGAACGACACCGGAGGAGGGAGGAACGGCGUGCAGAGAAGCUGAAAUUGAAGGAUCGCAAUGAUGCUAGUUCUUCUGAUGAUGAACAUGUUGGGAGGGGGAGUCUCAUCCAACAUUGCCACCCACAGGUGUGUUAUGAGUUGGACCUUAUCUCUCAUGCUAGAUAUGCACUUGUAGGUCCUAAGCCUUAA